AUGGCUAAAAUAUGUCCAUUGUGUGGUCCAAAAUUAUCUACAUUCCUUAUGCUUAUCUCAGCUUGGGGUGUUAUUUUCCUUGGAAUUCUAGGGGUAUUUUUUUAUACUCAAGCAGUUACAUUAUUCCCAGAUCUUCAUUUUGGUGAAGAAGGAGGUGUUAGUGAAGGGCCAUCUGAUACUGACAUUGAAGUAAAAUAUUCUGAGAAAGCCACUCAAUGUUGGAUUGCAGCAGGAAUGUAUAUUAUCACUUUCAUUGUUGUUGUCUGGCAAAACAAAUAUAAUCCAUACAAUAACUUUUAUUUCACUUUAUAA